ACCCAUUCCCACUUUUUGAGUCCUAAAACCAAAAAACUCUUUACUACUAAAAACACACCCAUUCUUCCUUUCUCUCUCUUUCUCAAGUCUCUUUCAUUUUCAUCUUCAUUUUUUUCUCUCUCAUCUCUAAAUUUAAGGUGGUAGCUAGAGAGAGAAUCAAUUUAGGUGAAAAAAAAUUAAAAGCUACAAUCUUUAAAUCAAGCUCAAACAAAACUUGUUAUUUUUUAAACAAAAAAAAUGGAAAUGAAAGAACCAUUGAAGAUGGAAACUUUCAUAGGAGGAAAUUCACUUAGUAGUAAUAAUUAUCACUAUUUAAGUGAAAAUCAUUCAUCAUCAACAACACCAUCAUUAUCUACAAAUUUGGUUUUUGAUUCUCAAGUUGGAGUUUUUGAGAAGAUGAACAACUCAUCAACAACAACAACAACAACAACAACAACAUCAACAACAACAACAUCAACAACACCAACAACAUCAACAACAGGGUUUAUGGAGUUGUUGGGUAUGCAAGAUAUGAUUAAUAUCAACCCAUCUUUGUUUGAUAUGAUGAUGAUGAAUAAUGGUUAUAGUGGAAGCAAUAAUAAUGAAGUUUUCACUAAUUGUAUGGACCCUUGUGCACCUGAUCCUACCCCUCCACCUCCUUCAACUACUUCUAAUGUAAAUCUAGAAGCUUCUGAGGUGCUUAAUAGUAAUCUUCCCACAACUCCAAAUUCUUCUUCAAUUUCCUCUGCUUCUAAUGAAGGUCUCAAUGAUGAGCAGCAGCAAGAAGAAGAUGAAGAUGAAGAUGAACAACAACAAAAGGCAAAAAAACAAUCCACAAAGGCUAAAAAGACAAAUCAGAAACGGCAGAGAGAGCCAAGAUUUGCUUUCAUGACAAAGAGUGAGGUUGAUCAUCUAGAAGAUGGUUAUCGAUGGAGAAAGUACGGCCAAAAAGCUGUAAAAAACAGCCCUUUCCCAAGGAGUUACUACCGUUGCACCAGUGCAUCAUGUAAUGUGAAGAAGAGAGUAGAGAGAUCCUACACUGACCCUUCUAUUGUUGUCACAACUUAUGAAGGUCAGCACACUCACCCUUGUACUGUCCUUCCUCGUGGUGCUAUGCCGAGCCCCGGUUUCGGUUCCGGCAUCGGUAUUCGUGCCGGUGCCGGUGCAGCCUCACCCUUUGCCCUGCCAAUGCAAAUGGCUAAUAGUAAUCACUUCCAGAUGAAUUAUAUUAGUAGUUUGGUUCCUCAUCAGCUUAACCAUUUUGGUAAUUUACCAUCAUCAAACACUUCUACUAAUACUAAUACUAAUACUAGUGUGGUUACUAGUUGUUCAAGAUUAGCACCAGUUAGUGCAGCUUUGCUUAGAGAUCAUGGGCUUCUACAAGACAUAGUUCCUUCAAUUAUGAAGAAAGAAGAGUAGAUGAUCAGAUCAUAUAUAUAUAGUAUUUAUUCAUAUAUAUUGCUGUGUAAUUUAUCUGAUUAUUCAACUUUUAUUUAUUUUAUUUGCUAACUAGGUCUGUAAUUUUAGUAGUUAUGUUCUCACUGAUCUUAGCUAGUGUAAUUUGGUGUACUUGAUAUAUGAGGAAUUUGUCAUUGUAUCAAAUUUGGUUAUUGGGGUAUGAAAUGGGAAACACUACUUAGUUCCCUUUAUUUA